AUGGACAAGGCAGAUGAGGUGCCGAGGGAGCAAAUACAACAGCUGCUCGCCAACACGUCCUGGGCGGCGGCGAAGCUCGAGGCGGCCAAAAUGUCGUCGGACUCCAUCGAUCGUACCGACCUGAAUGAGAAGAUCUAUCGAUUCAUCGGCCAGAUGGACUCACGCCACCUGUCCUCCGUCCUGUGGUCGAUCGCCUCCGCUCAAAACUGGCCCGUCGAUUCCGAGGUUUUCUCGCGUAUUACAAGGAGUUUGUUGGACAUUCCUCGACCCCUACAUCACCAAGAGCUUGCUAAUACACUGUGGGCGUUGGCUCGAGCCCCGGAAAGGUUCCGGCCGGAAUCCCGCGAGGUGGCCAUCGCCCUGAUGACAAAAUAUGUUGACCGAGCUGACCCGAAGUUCCGCUUUUCCGAUCAGCACUCUGCCAACAUAUUGUGGGCUAUUGCUAAGCUGGAGAUUGAUCCAACGAUGGCUAGAGGCGUGAUAGACAUAUGCAUUGCCUCUAUCAUGGAGACCUGUGGAGAGUACCGUCCUCACUCCCUGUCUCUCAGUGCAUGGUCACUGGCCACUCUGGGUAUUCAUCCGGAGGUAGUUGAUCGUAUCAUAGUGGAAGCCUCAGCUAGGAGACUCCGGGACUUCGAAAGCCAGCAGAUUGCCCACGUUGUGUGGGCUGGAGGUACGUUGCUCUCGGCUUGGUCGCUAGAUGGCCUGCCUGAGCGUCUUGCUGUGACAAUAGAUAAGGCUAAGCCUCAGAAUGUUGCCAACGUCAUGUGGGGCCUAGCCCGUAGUGGCCCGCCGCUGAACUCCAAGUUGGUUCGCUUUGCCCAGGCUCACAUGGAGACAUCAUCUAAAGCGUACCUCCCGGUGGAUCUCUCCUCGAUGCUGUGGUCCUUGGGCACCAUGACCAAUCGAGGCGACCCCUCGGAGGGUCUGGAGAGCCUCGUGUCGACCAUCUACACGAAGAUGAAGUCGCAGAUGGCCUCUGAAUGGAGCGCUCGCCAUAUCGCCUCGGCAACGUGGGGGAUUGCCACUCUGGCUACUAACGGCAUCGGUCGUAACGAGGCGUUGCCAUUGUUGGAGGACAUGGCGGCCCUCGCGGGUAGAGCCGAGGUAGGGAGCUUCACUGACCAGGAGGGGGCUGGCAUGUUCAUGUGGGCUUUGGCGAAGGUCGAGAUACGGCCUACUAAUCGGGUGAGGAAUGUGAUGCAUGAGUUUGCGGAGCACUUUAAAGGGAGGGCCCGUGUCUCUCGAGCCAAUACUCUCUCAUUGGCUGCAUGGUCUGUAUCAGCUCUGAAGUUCAAAGACGAGGAACUACUACGGGUGGCGAUAGAGAGUGUGAAGACCGAUGCAUCGGCGAACUAUGCAGAUUUUACAGCGAUAUUACACGCAGCUGCAAUCAUGCAAUCUGAGCUCAUGCCGCCAGCGGUGGUUGGUGCCCUUUGGGAUAAAUGUGGUGUGAUGACUGCCCCCGAUACCCAGCUGGCGAUCUGUGGGUGGUCAUUGACGGCCCUAGACCUCGGCAGGGGCCUCUACAGUGAUAAAAUUAACGCCAUAGCUGAUAGGCUUACGGCGGUUGAUCUUACCAAGCUCAACCAGGCUGCCCGUAAAUUGGCCCGGACUGUGCUGUACGUGAGUGGAAGGGUUGUCAACUUGCCUCGAGAGAGGCUUGACUUGAGAUCCUCACAGGCCCAUCAGAAUUGGGUGGGGGCUCUUCGGAAAUAUGGUGUUCAUGGAGUGCAAUCAGAAUUCGAGGUCAUCCCAGGGAUGUUCAUAGAUAUCGCGUUGCCUGCGGAAAAGGUUGCCAUUGAAGUCCAAGGCGAUUCUCACUACCUCGCGGAUUUGUCUACUGGUCAACGCAUUGACACCACCGGUAACACGAAAUUAAAGCGGCAAAUGGUGGAGGUUAAGAAUUGGAUUCUCAUUGAAGUGCCGGUUAUGAGACACAUGCCGACUAAGCAAGACAUAGAUAAGUUUCUGAAACCGUUUCUCAUGUGA